UCCCUGGGUGAACAGAGAACUUCCAGCCUCGCCUCCUCCUCCAUCGGUCCUGAAGAUGGCCUUGUGCUUGAAUGUGAAGCUGCUGACGGGAGAGAUGCAUUCCCUGAACAUCACUGCUAGCAGAACCAUCUGGGAUCUCAAAGUCCAAAUUGCCCAGAAAUCAGGGGUGCCACCAUAUCAGCAGAAACUGACCUGGCAGAGCAACCUUGAUCUGCACGAUGGGGCCCUGCUCUCUCAGUCUGAGCUGAAAUCUGGAGAUAGCAUCAUGAUGUUGGUAAAAAAUGAAGAGUCCAUUACCAUCUUCCUGAGGAAUGACAAAGGCAGGACCAGCACGUACAUGGUCAUGCCUUCAGACAAGGUGGACCACUUCAAAACCCGGGUUCAGCAACAAGAGAACAUCCAGGCAGAACAGUUCUGGCUGACCUAUGAUGGGAAGUCUUUGGAGAAUAGCCACAAACUAUCAGAUUACAACAUUGCCCCACACAGCACCAUCUACUUAAAUCUGCGCCUGCGUGGUGGCUGGAUUGGCCAAGAUGGCCUCCUGAGUUUCUCUCAGUGUUUCUCAGAUUUUUGAAAAUCUUCUUGAUUGUAGGUUUUUGUGUGUGUGGGGGGGAGGGACGCCCACUUUCAUCAUUUAUUCCAAAAGUGAUGUGCACAGAUUCUUGUAUCUAGUCACGCACAUAUAGCCUGUUGCACACAAAUAUCUGUGACCUGGAAGUAGCCAUUCCAACCGUGCCAUGAGAAGAGGGUCGGAGGCUCUCUGGCCUACUCCUAAAUUCUUGCUCAUGGAGGCACCUUAGAAACUGUUUCUUCUUUCUAAGGCUGAAAUUAACUUAAACUUCUUGCCAGUAUUGUCUCUCUUGGGGGGCCUGAAGCAGAAGAUGGGUCGUGGUGGUGCCACUUCAGCAACUUUCUUUCUGUUCACUGGGCACCAGCUGGUUCCAGCUUACUUUCAUCCUUCUCUCCUUUCCGAGGGGUGACAGCCUGGCAAUCAGGUGCAGAUCAGUGAAGGGCUGUAGCCAGGACCACCCAGUGCACCAGGGCUUGGCUGAGGAAGGACACGUCUGCCUCGGAAUACUGUCUGUUCCUGCAACUUUGCGCUGUUCCAAGUGUGCCUUCGAGUAAGGCCCACCCCACAGUGUGCAAACCACUGCCUAGGAGAAACUCACCUUUUCUAAAAGACAACAACAAAAAACGUGUUAGUAUUGAAUUUUUCUCAUGCAAGCCAAACAAGAUGGUUUAAACGUCUUCCCCGCCCCCCUGUUUAGUCCUAUUUAAGUGCUUCAGUAUUUUAACUCUGUUGAUGCUUUCCUUGUGGUGUUUGCUCCAUUCCUGUGUUCUGUUCAAGCUACCCUUAGCAGUUGGUAUUUUAAUA